AUGGUGGAGGUGGGCAUCCUCCCCAACAACGGCCACCGCUUCCAGUUCGCGGCAUGGAGUGAGCGCCGCUACGCCAACAACGUCAACUGGGAGUUCCGCCUCAAGGUCCGCAUCGAGGGCAUCCCGGUGCACUGCUGGGCGGAGGAGCUGGCAGCAAAGGCGCUCGGCAAGACCUGCACCGCCGUCCACUACCUGGAGGAGACGACCCGGAGGCGCAGCGCACUAGAGGUCCAGCUCACGGUCACCGAGCCGGACAGGGGACAUCCACACCAUGACGAGCCGGUCGACAUCAAGCGGGGUCAAGUCUACAUUCUGCGCAACCAUCUGGAGGUGGUGGAGGACCUCACCUUCCUGCAGGAGCCGGGGAGGAUUGGGGGACCUGCAAACCGCAAGGCUCGCCGUGUCUUCGACUGGGACUACGCCGUGCCGGACACAAAGGGGGAGCACCUCCACGGGAGGCGUGCUGGCCACGACCGCGGCCGCGACAUGAGGCCACGCCGGGACGACGACGACUACGACGGCAGGCGCAACCAUGGCAAUCGUCAUCACCGCAGCCUCUCCGCCUGGGCAAGGAACUCUCGCUGCAGGGGAGGCGCUGAGGACUGCAUCAGCUCCAACAGGUGGCGCGGUCGGGGUGAAUCACCACCCCAAAGGAAUAGGCCGUCAGGUGGAGCCUACCAGGCGCCUGCCCAAGUCUGGAAGGUUAAGGAACACAAGAAGGAGAAGGCAAAGAGGGUCUCCUUUGCAGACCCUAUUGCAACUGAGUUGAAGCCCCCCAAGCGCUCUAUCACUGAUGACAGCAUUAUGCUUACCAAGGGUACUUCCUCCUCUCCAAUCCAAAUUGAUGAUACUGAUCCUGUGGUCGCUGAUUGUGUCAUGUUGAAUUCCUCAUAUACAGUGGCUAACAGUACUACCCUGAGCAGCAACAAGGAGAAGGAAGGGGGACAGGAUGGCCACACUACCAACAACUCCUUCACGAGUGAGCAAAUCAAUUUCUGUGACACUAGGGUAACUGAACCUGUAACAAUGCCUCAUGUUGUUAAUUCUGAUAAUACCUCUGCAGAGAUGGCAGAACCUGAGGGGAUGCAGGGCAAGGACGCAAGCAGUGACUACUGUGGCAUCACUCCAAGUGAGGAAACAUCACCUCCUAAUAUUACUCCUAAUGCUACUGAUAGUUCUGCGUUUGAGGUUACUGCUAAUUGCGCGUGUACAGACACAGCUACAACGCCUAAUACAACUCCUAUUUCAUCUACAGAGCAGGAGGCAGGCAAGGACGCACUGGCCGAUCUGGGGAUGGUACUCGGACACCUUCAGGACAUCCUGACCACGGCAGAAUUUAAUCAAACAUGGAGACAGCCCACCUAUCAAACGACAAAGUUCCCGCUUAACGCUAAGGCCAUCACCAACUCCGGAAAGGGGAUGAUUGAAAUAGCAAAAGAUUUGCUAAUUAAGAAACUGGGGGACCUUGCGGGUACUGAUAACACAGGUGCUAACAAACCUCCAAUCCCUGAUGAAUUUGACUUAUAUGCGCAGCACUUCGCAAGGCCGGUCGAGAAGGCCACGAUGGACGCCAUCCAGGACCUCAUCGAGCACGGCGCCUUGAUCCAGAAGAAGUGCGACAAUCAGGGUGAGGCUGCCGCGGCACCAGGACUAGUGGCCUAG